UUUGCCCAUUUUCCGGCAUCCAAUGGUCGCGAGUUUUCGUCGAAAGGACGAAAUCUCAGAGAAAAAAUUGAACGAAUACGCCCGUCACAUCGAUAACAUUCGACGUUAUUUCGACGUGGAGAUAAGCGACGAAGAGGUUCGACAUUAUUUGCACGUUUUAAUGUUCGACAGAAUGAUAUUUCGAUCGUUGGAGUGUAAAACCAAAGAUUCCGAAACGCUAGACAGUAUAAAAGGUAUAAAAACGAAAGAAGAUUCGAACGAGACGAUGCGAAACGAAGCGUUCGCGCUUUCACCGAAACGUAGCAAGUCUUUGCCGAGCCUAACCUCGAAAUUGACGCCGGAACUCCAUUUUCUCAGCGAUGGUAACAUCGAUUACGGGAAAAUCGUUCCAGAUAUCGUCGAGUGUUCGCCGCUGUUCGACCUGAUAGACCCUCGUGAAUUAUUAGUCCCGGGUUAUUUGGAAGAGAACGUGUUCAAGACAAGAGUAUUGGAUAGAGCUCGUCUCGAAGAUUUCAGCGACGUCGAACUAUUAUCGGAGGCAAUUUUUCUACAGUUUCUUUACGAGUGUCUCCUUGCGUUCGAUCACGUCGGUCUGCGAUACUUCGAACCUACCGACUCUCUGUUGCUGUGUUUCUGUAACAAGUGGAAAAUCAAUGGAGUAAGCACCGAAGAAAGAAUGUCUAGUAUUCGGACGCCGGUCCGACUUCGUGAUUUCUGCAAAUACGUAGUGCCCGAGGAGAAGGAUUGGCUACGCCGGGAGGAGGAGCUGUACAGAUUGCAGACGGCCAAGUCCAUGGAAAGAUUGAUGAGAAAGAGCGCCGAGAUAUACGAGGAGACGAUGCUGUUCCGUGACGAGGACUUCAUUCUCCCUGGGACACUAAAAGCAAAAGAUUCGCAAGCCAGCAGGGAUCUUGAUAGGCAAAAAAGUAGUUUGGAUGUCGAAUCUUCUUUCGUAGAUGUAUCGCCCCUUACUCCCAUAGAAGAAAUGACGAACGCCGGAAAAAAGAGAAAGAAGAGCCCUAAGGAAGGCAAAAAGAGGAACGACAAAUCGUCCAGUCGAAGGAUCAGUUCGAAGAAGUCAAUCGCCGAUGAAAUCUCUCCAUUGAUUACUGGAAAAGUGUCACUGGCUCCACCCGAUACCGAGAGGGAACCAGUUUAUGAUUUCGUAGGUUAUGAUCUUGAGAGACUACGUGUACAAGUGACAAAUCGCAAGAAAACGUUUUACUCGGCCGAUGACACUUUGGUACAAGUGGAAAUAGACGAUUGGCUUUACAAAACCAAGAACUUACGAAUCACGGUUACUCUGCAUGGAUACAGUUUACGAUUGUUUCAUAGAAUCGAUGGUCCUGAAACGAACGAGAUAUUGCACGUAACGAGUAGAAUCGGCAUUAUUCUUGCUUUCCAGAAGAAACUGGCGUCGUCACAUACGUCAAAGAAUCGUUUUCAUACCUGGCAAGACACGAACGUCGAGCAAAGAAUCUCGUGGCCGACGGGAUUACUGAUAGAACCAAUCAUCGGUGACGGUCCGGAUAAUCCAUAUUACAUUAAACAGUCCUACAUACCAAAGGGAUACACUAACCCCGAAGGUGAUCGUGAAAUUUGCAGAAGGUUUCUGAGAAAUGGCACCGUUCUAAAAUAUCUGGACGAUGGCAGAGUAACAGUUCUUCGGCCUAACGGAGUAAUCGUCAAUUGUAUAGCCUUCGAGGAGCUUCGAGUCGAACGACACGAAAAUCACGAUGAGCAGGUUAACGUGCCAAAAAAUGGUUCAGAAUACGAUGCUGGAAAAUCUGUAACUAGCGACAUCAAAGAUAGCGAAUCAAAAUUAUUUCGACUUCGGAAGAACUUAUAUGAAAGUAACUUGCGUCUCCGUAGAAGUUUGAAAAUAUCAAAGGAUGAUAAAUUAGAUCGGGUUAUGUACAAAUGGAUUUUACAAAAACGAAGCACUGGUAUAGCAUCUUCGGGUCCAUUAAUUCAAGAGGAAGCUUUUGAAUUGAAUACGAAGUUAGGCAAUAAUAGAAGUUUUAAAGCACCUACUGGUUGGCUAAAACAAUUUGAAUUAAGAUAUGGAACACGUAAACUCGACCUUGCGGAAGGAAAAUUAUCCGCUGACAGUUCCACGGCUAAAGAAUUUCUUCAAGUUUUUAAUAAUUCUCGCGCAAGAAAAGGAUUAAGAUUAAGAUCAUACGGAUUCAAAGAUUGUAAUAACGACGAUAUACAGAAGUGGUUAAAUAUAGAUAAAAAUAAUCCAGGAUAUAAAAGUACGACUCACGACGAUAUUAUUUUAUCCAGUAAUGUUUAUAUAAAAGAAGGAUUACCGUUGACUGUUAUCUGUUUUAACGCGUAUUCUGAAUAUUGUUUUAAGCUUUGUGAAUUGAGACGAGCCUUGAAAAUGUAUCCGUAUUCCACUUUUAAAGGCGACAGACCGAAAGAGCCGAAGGUUCUAUCUAAAGUCAAGAGAAAGCCAAUGACUGGCUUCAAGUCUGCGUUGCUCGAAGCGGACGAGGUAGAUUCUGUGUCUGCACAGCAGAAUUUAACGAUGGAUCGUGACGACGUUCUGUCAACGAUGGACAACACGGUCAAAGUGUCACGGUACAUAGUGUUGAAUGACGACGGUGGGCUGUACGAGGUGCUAGACGACUUGAUCGUAAGUGAACAGCAUCGAUUACUCGUGAGAAUGGCGUCAGACUACGAGGUCGACGAGAAAUUCACGCGUCGCGCCGACGGUACCAACAUGUUGCUGAAUUCCGAUGGGGAAUUGAUCGUCAGAUACCCAGACGGUACGCGUAUCACGAUUGGCUACACUAUAGAAAAGGAGCCAGUGAUGUGUGACUGGACCGAGGAAGAAAUUCUACUAUACUUCGUUUCUGAUGGAAUAAAGGAAGACGAGCAGCAGCACUGCAUCGAUCCGUCGUUAUCGAAUCUGAAAUACGUCGAUGAAACUUCUUCGCCGAAAGUGAACGCGGAUUACGAGGAGAAAAUAAACGAGCUAUUGAUCAGGGACAGUUUCGUCUCCGUCCUGUUGACGUGUCGCAUGGAACACAAGAACUAUGCCACCGUGUUCUACGAUCAGUCAGCAGUUAACUGCACUUUAUCGAUGCCGGACGAUCUUCGAGUCAGCAUAUCGAGAAGAGGUCAUUACGAAGUUUCGAUGGCGGACGGAGUUAAUCUAAAGAUCAACGAAGACGAUCUGUCGUUCAAAGGCAAUACGUGCACCAAUUGCGGCAACCAAUCUACUUCCACGUACAAUUUCUUCCCUUCCGAGUCAUCGGCCGUCAUAUUCACCACCACUGACGUCUUUGGCAACGUAUUCGAAGUAACAAGCGAUGGCAAAACGCGUUACAAACCGAACGCCGAAACGCUAAAACGUGAGAAAGCGGACGCCAACACCGUCGACUCGAAGGAAAAAGAAUAUUACGACGAAAAGUUCGAAGAAGACCUUGAACCUUCCUGCAGUCAUGAAACGCUCUGUUUCAAGAGCAACAGAACUAAUUGUAGAAUAUUUGCCAUAAAUCGAGAUCUCACGGCUUACGAGUACGUUCAUAGAUUUACCAGGAAUCAAACGGAGCUGACAGCGAUCUUCGAUAAGGAAACGAGCAUCAUUUUAUAUCCGAGCCCCAAUCGACCGACACUUCAUCGCCUCAUCGCGUGUGAACCUGUGGCAACUGAAUCUCGACUGAAAAACGCACUAUCGUUCCCGGAUUAUCAGCUGAAGCCAACGAAUUUCGAUAGGAGGGACAUAUUGCGCAGUACUUAUUCGAUUCCGUACGAUUGGCUAUUCCCAUUUGGAAGGAACGCUAAUGGUAUUUGGAAAAAUACCCAUGACCUGCCAUUAAUGGGCGACGUCGAAGCUUUGCCCGAAUUAUUGAGUAUUCGUAUUCUGCGUGGAUUCAAGGAACCAGGUGGAAAUGCAGUGAUCGAUCUCCAAAGAGCACUCGGGCGCUAUUGGAUGUCCUUGGUUCGUGGCAUUUUCCAACCACGUUCCCCGAUGAAUCAAGAGAAGGACCUCGUGCAAGAAAAGUUGGACACAGUGUACGAUUAUUUGGAGGACAGCCUGCACGUUCUAUCGUUGGGUAUCAAAAAAACGAUCGACGUGGAAACGUACAAGAUCGGCCUGCAAAGGCAAUGGAGGAUAGAAAAAGCAGAGACCCGACGAAAAUCGAUGAUAUUCGACGAAUUACUCGGACACAAAGCUCUGGAGAAGGAAGAACUCGAAUGGUACAAACGUUGCAUGAAGGAAAAAUUCAUUCUACCAUAUUUCCAGAAUAUUACUGGCACGUGUUUCCUUUGGGUGAUAAAUUGUAUAGAUAAUGCGUUAAAUAUAUCGGUUGGAGGAUCUUUCGACGAAAUCAGCGAAUGUUAA